GGGUGUAAUUGAUGGAUUCGGGUUAAACUCUGCAUCGGUUUCUUCGGGGCUGGCAUGUUGAUUGCAUCUCUGUGGUCCAUUUGCAAUGUCUUACCAAAUCGCAGAGCUGUGUUUAAGCUGUUAGCUUUCACCGGUGUUUCACCGAAAACAUUGAUAGCAGCACAAUCCUCCAUGUUUUUGCAAUGUGUAGGUAAGUUCGCUCGGGCAAGACUGAAUGACCAACCCCGAUGUCGGCGUGGUCUAAACACAUACCCCUCCCCGGGUCCGCCCGACCCGCAGACAGCCUUCCCUGGCCCUAGCGUAGCCCCGGGAGAAACAGAUACUAACAUUGGUCCGUCCGUCCCCCUCCCCCCCCCGCAACCGUGCGUGUGUACAUCCCGCUGGCUCGGUGUCCAGUACUCGGAUGCGAUGGCAGGAGCCGCUAGGUGCACGGCGAAACAGGUACUAGAACAGAUUUUGGCGAAUCGCCCGUCCGUCCCAGAUGAGGACGACGAUGACGAAGAGGAACAGGAGGAGGACGAGGAACAACAGGAGAACGUGUCAGAGGAGGGCUCGGAAGCGAUGCCCGGAGCCGCCAGGUGCACCGCAAAACAGGUUCUAGAACGGAUGUUUGCGAAUCGCAGGCAUGCCAUGGAGGAGGGCGAGGAACAGGAGGAGGGCGAGGAACAGGAGGAGUGCGAGGAACAGGAGGAGGGCGAGGAACAGGAGGAGGGCGAGGAACAGGAGGAGGGCGAGGAACUGGAGGAAGUGUCAGAGGAAGAAGACAACCAGGAACACGAGCCGGAGGACGAGGCUUCCUCCUCCUCGUCGGACCAGGAACAAGAGCGAUACGCUCCCGAGGCGGAGAGAGAUACGUUCCGGUCGAAAAACGGAGCAAUCGCGUGGUCCUCGGUCGCGUGUCCCAAACAGGGCAGGCCGCCACGAGCGAACGUGGCGGCCACGAUGCCCCCGGGCCCCACGGAGCACGCGGUCUCCCACACGCGGGACGUAGCCUCCGCGUUCCUGCUGUUCAUCACACCCGCGAUAGAAAGCGUGGUACUGGAGAUGACAAACCUGGAGGGCACUCGGAAAUACGGAGACGGCUGGAAGGCGAUGGAUGCGAUCGACCUGCGCGCAUACGUGGGGCUGCUGAUCCUUGCGGGCGUAUUCAGGUCCCGAGGCGAGGCAGCGGCCAGUCUGUGGGACGCGGAGAGCGGAAGGCCCGUGUUCCGCGCCACCAUGCCUCUGAAACUCUUUCACACGUACUCCAGGCUGCUACGAUUUGACGACCGCGAGUCGCGCCUGGAGAGACGCGCAACGGACAAACUCGCGGCCAUACGAGAGGUCUGGGACAAGUGGUCCGAGCGGCUCCCGUUCCUCUACAACCCGGGCCCUCACGUUACGGUGGACGAGCAACUUGUCCCGUUCAGAGGUCGUUGCCCUUUCCGCCAGUACAUGCCCAGCAAGCCCGCGAGGUACGGGAUCAAGUCGUGGGUAGCGUGCGAUGCAAAAUCCAGCUACGCGUGGAAGAUGCAAGUGUACACCGGGAAGCCCGCCGUGGGCGGACCUGAGAAGAACCAGGGCAUGCGGGUGGUGCUCGAUGUGACAGAGGGGCUCAGGGGACACAACGUGACGUGCGAUAAUUUCUUCACCUCCUACGAACUCGGACAGCGGCUCCUGGCCAGGGGGCUCACGAUGGUGGGCACGGUUCGCAAGAACAAGCCCGAGCUCCCGGCCGCGCUGCUCGCGACCAAGGGCCGAGAGGUGUUCUCGUCCAGGUUCGCUUUCACACCGAGCGCCACUCUAGUGUCCUACAUGCCCAAGAAAAGCAAGAACGUGGUACUGCUGAGCACGCUGCACACAGACGCCCACGUGAGCGAGCGCCAGGACAGGAAACCCUCCGUGAUCUUGGACUACAACAGCAACAAAGGAGGGGUGGACAACCUAGACAAGUUGGUCGGAACCUACAGCUGCAGGAGGAUGACGGCCCGCUGGCCCUUGGUGGUGUUCCACAACAUAAUCGACGUGUCCGCUUACAACGCCUUCGUGAUAUGGAGGGAGCUCAACCCCGGCUGGAUGACCCGUAAGCGGAACAAGAGGAGAGUGUUCCUGGAGCAGCUGGGAAAAGCUCUCGUGAAGCCGCUCAUGGAAAGAAGGGCGCGUAUCCCGCGCACACGCUCGUCCGCUGAGCUCGUGAAAGCCGCGCAGGGCGCUAGAGCAGGUGAUCGCCGCGAGGGCCUGGAAGCCGCUGCCCGUGCCCCUGGCCCUGCCCCUGCCAGUAAGAGGAAGAGGUGUCAGAGCUGCCCGCCCAAGAAAGACUGUAAAACCCACACGGUGUGCAGCGGGUGUAAGAGAUACGUAUGCAAACGCUGCACCCACGCUUACUGUCCCACGUGCGCCGAUUGGGGGUUUACACAAGAAGAGACGGCCUGACCCGGGGG